UGGCCGGUCGUACAUGGCACCAGUCAUCUAGUAUGAUACCCUCCGCAUCCUGCGGCCAAUGUGUCUGCUGCUCGGCAGAAUAUUUUUCAUUAAUUUCCACUUACAUUAGCCGUUUAUAGCAAAGGAAAAUGUCUACAGACGUUUAUGAGCGUGUUUUGUGUGUUAAGCCUGAGGUUCAAGUUUUCACUAGAAUUCCGCCAAGAACAAGUAACAGAGGUUACCGAGCGUCAGAAUGGAAGCUGGACGCUCCAGACUGGACCGGGAGGCUCCGAAUUGUUGCGCGGGGAAAAGAUUGUGUCAUCAGACUGGAAGACAAAGGAGGUGAACUGUUUGCCGAGGCUCCCGUCGAAGCAUACCCCAGCAUAGCAGUGGAGGCAGUGCUAGAUUCCAGUCGCUACUUUGUCAUCAGGAUAUCGGAUGGAGGUCGAAAGGCAUUUAUAGGCAUUGGUUUUACAGACAGAGGUGACUCCUUUGAUUUCAACGUGGCACUGCAAGACCAUUUCAAGUGGCUCAAGCAAUCUAAGGAGAUAGAAGAACAAGAAAAGACGGCUGCACAGAACCCGGGUCCAAAACUAGAUCUUGGCUUCAAAGAAGGCCAGACUAUCAAGAUCAACAUCGGGACCUCGCAUUAUUUUGGACUUAAAUAG